UGUGUGUGCGGGUCUGUUUGAGUGUGAAUGAGUUUGUGGGGACAUUCCACUGACUUCUAUUAUCUUUACUGCUCUAAUUUCUGUCCACUAAACAUCACGCAAACCGCUUUAGUACAUUAUUUAGUACGUCUAUUAAGCUGUUUUUCCUCGUGGGGAAAUUGGGAGGUGCAGGCAAACACUGACUCACGCUUACUGCUAUUUGUUGAUACACUGUCCAGCCGUGAGCUUUCGAUCCCAGUGCCCUCAAGCCAGAGAGUCACGGUGGCGCCGACUCUUCAUUUCUGUUGUCUGCACUCCCACAGGUCACUACAAACUCAAGAGAACUGAAGUAUGGCCGCUUGUAACUUUAGCAGAUUGAGAAGCGUUUCCCACCGUAUAUUAAUUAUGGGUCUGCCGGUGCUACUGCUAGUCCAACUACUGGUAAGUUUAACGGUGCCGCGCGCAUAUAGCAGCAAGAGCGGUGACGAACCUGCGUUUCUCGUCAUAAGCAUAAAGAAGAGUGACGGAUCAGCGUCGUCUGGGGUUAGAAAAAAUGAGCGGGAUUUGGAAAGCGGCGUGUUGGGUCUUUGGACCGACGAGGAUUCAAGACUUACAGGAUAUCAGGACGAAAACGAGCUUGAAGGACGCCAGGUAAUCGCACAUUCGCUAGAGAUUCAGGCCGCGGGUAGAGAGCUGAUACUGCAGCCGUGGGCAUCAGAACAACCGUCGUUUGGUGCAGAGUUGCAGCGUCUCACCCAAUUCAUCACCACAAUAGAGGUGAACUGCUCUGUGGUGCAGGGUUCAGAGGGGAAUCGAUCUACACACACUCCUGGUCACUCAGAUGUUUUGUGCAUCAACCACUGGAAGCGCAAAUGGGGUUGUGUGGCUUACUCAUUCAGUCUGGAUGGAAAGGAUGCUACAUUUUUAGACACAAUGUUGCAUGCGGGGUGCGAGGUUCAUCGGUUUGACCCCAGCAGUCGAGGCAGUCGAGAGCCUGCAUCUAUUAAGAAUCAUCGUGCUUGGUUAGACUGGAGAAAUCCACGCCGUCAUGCGGGCCUCGUGGGUAAUGUACAACACAGGCUGCUUGACAUUAUGGACUCCCUGGGCCACACCAUGGUGGAUGUCCUGCGUAUGGAUUUGGAGAGCGCUGAAUGGCGCAUUUUAGAAAGCUGGAUUAAGGAUGGAACUCUCAGAAGGAUCAAUCAGCUCAUUCUGACCAUUCAUCUGCAGUGGGCGGGGUUUGAGGUGGAUGGUGCCGAAGAGGAGGUGGUGCGUUUCUGGUACAGCGUACUGAGAGCCCUCCGCAUCUCAGGACUCCAACUCGUGCAUUCGGCACAUGGCCCGGGACACAUAGUGCUGAGACACAAACUGGCCGAGUCACACAGCUCAUACACACUCAGCUGGAUCAGGACAAGCGAACAGCCCAGAUAACCUUGCAAACGACACUUAGAUGCAGAAGCAAAACUCUAAUUCAGUAGAGGACUUUAAACUUACAACAUUGUCGUUUAGUGAGGUUGAAUUGUAGAUAUACAUACAAAUAUUCAUAACAUUUAAAGAGAUGAAGUUGCAUAUUAGUAUUUUGUUUCUUUCCACAAGGUAUGACAUGCCUUCUAGUGGUUGUGAACGGUACUGCAAUGAUUCAACUCUGCAUUGUGCGCACAAUUAAAUCUAUGACGAUGUGUCAUGUUUAAUUUAAACGUCAGUUUUAUACAACAGGGCUACGUGCAAUAUUUUACAAGUGCACUAUUUUAUAUGAAAUAAACUACAUAA